GCGGGUUGUGAGAAGGCGGGGGCCCCGAGACUCCUGCUUGGCUGCAGGGAAAGAGCGUUCUUGGAGAGAAGGCGGGGGCCCGAGGGAGGAUUGCGUCCCCAGAAUGACGGAACUGAGGCAGAGGGUAGUCCACGAGUCCGACGGGCGGCCGGAGGCGGAGGACAAGGGUGAAGACAUCAGAUCAGAGACAUUGUCCGAUUUGCCCAGAGUCACACAGCUAGAGUCUGAGGUGGAAACAAAGACAGAUGGGGAGACUGCAUCAGACAGUGAGAGCCGAGCUGAACCUGCACCGAUAGCCACUUCUGAUGAUACUCCUGAGGUCUUCAACCGGGCACUGUCAAAACUGUCCUCAAGAUGGAAAAACUGGUGGGUGAGAGGUAUCCUGACUUUGGCUAUGAUUGCCUUUUUCUUCAUCAUCAUCUAUUUGGGACCCAUGGUUUUAAUGAUGAUCGUGAUGUGUGUUCAGAUUAAGUGUUUCCAUGAGAUUAUCACUAUUGGCUAUAAUGUCUACCACUCAUAUGACCUACCUUGGUUCAGGACCCUCAGUUGGUACUUUCUAUUGUGUGUGAAUUAUUUUUUCUAUGGUGAAACAGUGACUGAUUACUUCUUCACUCUGGUCCAGAGAGAGGAACCUUUGAGGAUUCUCAGUAAAUAUCAUCGCUUCAUUUCCUUUGCUCUUUACCUAACAGGGUUCUGCAUGUUUGUAUUGAGUCUGGUUAAGAAGCAUUAUCGACUCCAGUUCUAUAUGUUUGGUUGGACUCAUGUGACUCUGCUUAUUGUUGUGACCCAGUCCCAUCUUAUUAUCCAUAACUUGUUUGAAGGAAUGAUCUGGUUUAUUGUUCCCAUUUCAUGUGUGAUCUGUAAUGACAUCAUGGCCUAUAUGUUUGGCUUUUUCUUUGGUCGGACCCCACUCAUCAAGCUUUCUCCAAAGAAGACAUGGGAAGGCUUCAUUGGAGGAUUCUUUGCCACUGUGGUGUUUGGGCUUCUGCUAUCCUAUUUAAUGUCUGGAUACAGAUGCUUCAUCUGCCCAGUGGAGUUCAACAAUGACACCAACAGCUUCACUGUGGACUGUGAGCCCUCAGAUCUCUUCAGACUGCAGGAAUACAACAUCCCUUUGGUGAUUCAGUCUGUUGUUGGCUGGAAAACAGUCCGGAUGUAUCCCUUCCAGAUCCAUAGCAUUGCUCUCUCUACCUUUGCCUCCCUCAUUGGCCCCUUUGGAGGUUUUUUUGCAAGUGGAUUCAAACGGGCCUUUAAAAUUAAGGACUUUGCCAACACCAUCCCUGGCCAUGGAGGUAUUAUGGACCGCUUUGACUGCCAGUACCUGAUGGCUACUUUUGUUAAUGUCUACAUUGCCAGUUUUAUCAGGGGACCUAAUCCAAGUAAGCUGAUUCAGCAGUUUUUGACUUUGCGUCCAGAUCAGCAGCUUCACAUCUUCAACACAUUAAAGGCUCACCUCAUUGACAAAGGGAUGUUGACUGCCAGCACUGAAGACCAGGGGGCAUCCUAGAAAGAGGACAGUAGGAUCAGAACUGAGCUCUAGGGCAAGUCUUCAAGUCAAUCCCAGCUUGUGUGACUUUUAAGACCAUUACAAGACCUCAUUUCACUGUUUUCCUUUUCUGUAGAAUUUGUUUUUUGUGUGCUGUGGGUUUUCAAGAACAAUUAUCUAUCUAUACAUACACAUAUACUUCGUGUGUGUGUAUUUAUAUGAUAUGACUAAGUACGUAAAUCAGAGUUUUGAGUUGGAAAGCAAUCACAGGAAUUAAACCUCUGUGGGUUUAAACAAAAUAAAACAUAAAACCCAUAACACUGGGGGCAUCUGUUCCAAAGGUUGUUCUGGUGGAUCUAGGCCCUUUAAAUUUAACAGUCCCUCUGUCCUAUCUGUUUGGAGAGCAGAGCUGCCAACUAUGGGCUGAUGGCCAGAGUAGAGAGUAAACUUUACCCACUGCCUGUAACAGCCUUUCUAGCAAGACUAAAACUCAUACACAGCCCAGAUUACUUUGUAGUCACAGAAAGUUUUCACCACAAACCCUUUUCGAGUUCCAGCAUCAAUUCUGGAAUGAAAACAAAGUUGUCUUUUACUGUGGAAGGAAAACAUGGUGUCUGACAAAUGCUUAUUUAUUGAAAAAGCAUCUUAACGAGAUGACAUUUCAUAUAAGAAAUACUAUUUUGAGAGAGCAUUAUCAUAAUUUGAUUUUCACUUUUGCUUCAGUGCACCUUAGAAGAUGUCUUUGUUGUAAUUAAAAGCAAACAAGAAACCAUGAAACAUGAAAAGUGAUUUAAAAAUAAAGUUGGAUGGGGGGGAAAUGCCCCCACAGUAGUAUUUCCCCUGUCUACAGGAGAGCAUACCUAGCUUAAUGUACAGAGUUCUCACAUAAUUAGUCACAAGCCCUAGCUGGAAUAGCAUAGCUGGUUCUGUCACUCUUCAGGGAUCAUGUCACUCAUGUCUGUCUGCUGUAUUUAAGCUGGAGACUUGAUGCUGCUGAAUCAUUUUUGUUGAUUUUGUGUUUUUCUUUGAGCAGAGAGUAGGGCGGGAUUGGCUUUUAGCCUGUGGGCUCUUUGCUUUAUCUUUUACUUGGUUGACUUAAAUUGUACUUAUUGCACUAGUGGUGUCUGUGUAAAUAUUCACCUAUUUGUUAACUACUAUAUUUCUCAUUUAAAUGGAAUCCUGCUGCAAACCCAGUCUGAGUCCUUGAGAACCUUUGUAAAGUUCAAAAUACAUUGAUGGUUAAAUGCAGAAUCAAAUCUCUGUCAUUGAUAAUGUCCCCCUACUUUGGCUUUUCCCACAGGUCUUUAAAAAAAAAGUUGUGAUCUUUUUUUCUCCUUGAGUAUAGGAUGAACUUGACAGAGGAGACGAGCUCUCCACGUCCCUGGAGAUACAUCCAGGACAAGAGGAGUGAUUCUGAAGAGAGAGAACUUGGUAGUCUGGUGGACAUUGUUCAGAUCACACUGUGCCAGUAUGAUCCGCUUUCUCUGUUGAAAAUGGAGAUAUGUAAUUUAAUAUGACAUAAUUUCUUUGGCA